CACUCUGUCAGAGCGCGCCGUUGACAGCCACUGGCCACUGAGCAACCCACUCUGUCGGGGUUUGAGUCUCCAUGCAAGACUGCUGAAAAAGAAGCUCUGACUCUCGCAUUUUCUUUUAUUUGCAAGGCAAGCAAAACAACAAGCCCGCCCACGUCAACAAAAGCACAAGAAGUGAAAAAGCCUCUUAAGUAAUUUUCUAGACUCAUCACUGUCUCACAGCUCCCUGCACAAUGUCUGGUGAGGACGCACCUGCCCAGCAGCAAAACGACGUGGACCAGAAGCAGGAGACCAAACCUGCCGAGGAGCCCAAACCCGAGCCGCCCAAGACGGAGUCCCCACCCGACGGCGCCGCCGAGGCAGCGGCUACCCCCGCGGCGACCACCGAGAAGGUGCCCGAAGAGGAGACGUUCACCUACCGCGCCCUGGUGCUCACCGGCUACGGGGGCUAUGAUAAAGUCAAGCUGCAGGUGAAGAAGGGCAAGCCGGCGCUCAAGGCUGGCGAGGUCCUGGUGCGGGUCAAGGCUUGCGGGCUGAACUUCGCAGACCUGAUGGCUCGACAGGGGCUGUACGACCGGCUGCCGUCCCCGCCGGUCACCCCAGGAAUGGAGUGCUCUGGGGUGGUGGAGGCUGUAGGGGAAGAAGUCACGGACAGAAAAGUUGGGGAUAAGGUGAUGGUGCUGAACCGCUUUGGGCUGUGGCAGGAGGUGGCGGUGGUGCCGGCAAGCCACACCUUCCUGAUCCCAGAGGGCAUAAGCUUUGAGGAGGCAGCAGCCCUCCCUGUGAACUACAUCACAGCCUAUAUGAUGCUGUUUGACUUCGGCAACCUGCGGCCCAACCAGAGUGUCCUCAUUCAUGCUGCUGCAGGUGGUGUGGGCAUUGCUGCCACUCAGCUGUGCAAGACAGUGAAGGACGUGACUGUGUUCGGCACAGCAUCAGCCAGCAAGCACGAGACUAUCAGCGAGGGCGGAGUCACGCAUCCCAUCGACUAUCGCACCAAGGACUAUGUGGAGGAAGUCCGCAAGAUCAGUCCGAAAGGGCUGGACAUAAUACUGGACCCUCUCGGCGGAUCAGACACCCAUAAGGCCUACAACCUGCUGAAGCCUAUGGGCAAACUUAUCACCUAUGGUGCCGCUAACAUGCUGGCGGGCCAGAAGAAGAACCUGCUCGCCGUGGCUAAGAAUUGGUAUCAUCAGUUCUCCAUCCACACACUCAGCCUGAUCCAGGGGAACAAGUCGGUGUGCGGCUUCCACCUGGGAUACCUGGACGGGGAGAUGGAGCUCAUCACCCAGGCCAUGAACUCCAUCCUGGAUCUCUACAAGGAGGGCAAGAUUAAGCCCCGCAUUGACUCCACUUGGCACCUCGAGCAGGUGGGCGAUGCCAUGAGAAAGAUGCAGGAGAGGAACAACAUCGGCAAAGUGAUCCUCACCACAGAGCCGAUGCCCGAGGAGGAGAAGAAGGAGGAGCCCAAGAAGGAGGACAAGAAAGAGGACAAGAAGAAGGAUGACAAGAAGAAGGAUGAUAAGAAGAAGGACGAUGGCAAGAAGGAGGAGAAGAAGGACGACAAGAAGAAAGAGGAGCCCAAGAAGGAGGAGAAGAAGGAGGAGGAGAAGAAGGAAGAGGUCAAGAAAGAGGAGAAAUGAGAGGGAGGAAUGGAUAGUCGAGCAGACCAGCAGGGAGUUUGUGUGCUGGGAGCAGGGGGUGUGGUGUGGGAUGGUGGGGUGGGGUGGGGUGGGGUGGGAGGAUGGAGAUAGAUGGGGUGGGGUGGGAGGAUGGGGCUGGAGGGUAAGCAAGGAUGGGAAGGAGUUAGAAGGGUAGAUUACAAAAUUAUCACACCACUGUCGAUCUUUCAUCUCUUCCACCUCCCCUCAGCCUCACCCUCACCCUCUUGAGUCCACAAUGGCAGUGAUUACUCAGGCCUGGUUCCACCCCACCACCACCACCCACCCCCACCCCCCUCCUAUCCCAUUUUAUUGCUUUUAUCUCUUCAACAAUUUCCAAUCACUUGUAACACCUUGUAAGCUCCGGACUUAUCUCUCUGCAUCACAAGAUUGAGAAAACGAAAGUCACAACACUCUAGAGAUUUUUCCUAUUGGGAAUGACAGAGACAAGAGAGCCGUGGAGGAUUGUGGGUACAGUCCAGGCCUGAGGCAAAUUACUGUUUCCUUGACAACCGGAAUCCCCACUCACACUCCGGCCCCACCCUCGACCCCCAUGCCCCACCGCACCUCAACUCCCACUGUGCUAAAUUGUUCUGCUCUGAUUUCCACCUGCCACCUCCUCUUCCCCCCUCACUGUGCUGAGUCUCCCCCACCUCCCACACCACCACCACCACCCCAACUACAUCCACGGCCGGACCCACAGACAGGCACAAAGACAGGCAGAUAAACGAAGGACCACACCUACCCACACGUUGCUCUCUUAGUGUCCAACGCUUAGUUAUGUCACUGAGGAUGAGUCAGAGAUGCCUGUGAUUGGCUGAUGCACCCUACCUCCCCUGGAGAUAUUUGCAUCAUGGUUUUGAUCAUGAUGUUUGACUGCUCAGACAAUGGUGUUAAUGCUGCAAGGCCUAACAAUGGUGUUAAUGCUGCAAGGCCUAACAAUGGUUAUCAUUUAUAUGGCCUUAGCUUGGAUAUAGCUUGUAUCAGUCUUCAUCAGUGGUAAGGGAAACAGCUCCAUAAUGCAUGUGUUCCCACCAAAUUUCAGUAAACUUAAUAUACUGUCUGCAGUUUUGCACUUGCCUGAAUAUGAAUUUCCCUCAUGAUGAGCCUUUCUGUGCAGUGUUGAAUAGGGAGGCAGAAAUCAUUGCUCAGCUUCCUUCUCCUUAGUUACAGAUUUUUCUAGCUGACCAACUGUUGGCAAGAAGUGCGCAGUGCCAAUUAAGAGAGAAUUUGUUUUUGUUCAAACAAGCCACAAAUACACACACACAUACACACACAAACAUAGACACUCUGAAUGUGAUGAAAGAGGCACUGUCAUGCUGAGACAGUGAAGCGUCUGAAAUGAGCAAGUUAAGAAGGUGAAUACCAGUCCUUUUUCCUCUGGAUCAGGCUUUCUUCCUCCCUGAUCCUCCUCGAGGCAUUCCAUGGCAUUCUGCUCCUUUCAUAGCGACCGCUGGCCUGUCGAUCACCCUGACCUGAGAGAGGAGAAUUCAAUUCAAGCUGGCGUCCAUACUUUGCCUCCCCUCCUUCUCUCUACACUACUCUCUCUCUCUCCCUCCUCUUUCCAUUUCCCUCUCUAUGGUCGGCAUAGCAACAGGCGUCAGGCUCGUCAGAGAUGGCACUGUGGUCUGUUUCUCUGACUCCCUCUCGCUGUGUCUCUCGUUUCUGCCUCCCUAACUCCUUAAUUGCCAACAGUCGGUGCUGUCCACCAGUAUUUCAACAGGUGUAAAGUGUAUUAAGGAUUUCAGAUGAUAAAACGAGGAGUUGGAGCACUUCUCAAGGUUGUUAGUAUUGCACUACCAAAUGUGUGCAAUUAGCAGUAUGUUGGCUAAAACAGCGCACCACUCCCCCUAAUGGCCAGUAUGAAUUUUGUUUCACUGGUGUAAUGCUAUUAAAGUAUAAUCCUUAGUAUUUCAUCACACAUCCCACUGGGUUUUUCAUGUAGGAGGAUAUCAACUGUAAACCUUACAUUUAACCUGACAUUUAUCUACCUGACCGCCUGCCUGUCUGUGAGCCCGGCCUCAGUGUUAAGACUCAGAUAGUGACUAGUGACUUUGUAAAAAACAUUAAAAAAAUGUUUGAAGAAAAAAAGAAAAAAGUUGUUGUGUUAGCAUGAGUGGCCUCCCUCAUGUGCUGUGUGUGGUGUGCCAUUGUGUGUGAAGAUGUCAGUGUCCUCAGGUCGUUUGUCAGGUUUUAAAAGCACCCACCCUACCCCUGCCACAUUUCCCGCUCACACUACUCUGCUACAGUAUUAUGUAGCUCCAACCCAACCCUCCCAUCUUACCCUAUCUCUCCCUCCUGUCUGAUAAGAGGCCUGUGUUAUGAGGACAGUUGGUAUUAGUAUUUUGCACUCUGCUCGCUGAUCUUAAUGCACUUACAAGCAUGGCAGUCGCACUCCAGUCCCACGCAGGCUUUGAUUCUGCUCCAGGUUUGCAGCCUGUUUCCCAUCAUCCACUCCCAGUGAAUCUGCUGAAGCUCACUGAAAGCACAGGUGGCACACACACAUAGAAACACAUACACACACUCAUGUAAAGGUCCCCUCAUUUUCAGCUUGCCAGUCCCUGCCUGGGCCAACGUCUCCUGGGUGGCAGCUAAAAUCAAAGCAUUCAUCCAUCCUUGACUGUGGGAAGUAAAAUGUGGAGCAGGGCGGAGUGAACUGGGCUGGAGUGCGACUGCCACGCUGGUGUGGGGAGUGACUGUGUCCUGUCAGCCUCUGGUUAGUGUUCUGUUCUAAUCUGCUGGGCUCCCUUUGUGAACCUGUGGACGGUGCUUCUGUUCUGAGUGCCAUGUGAGAAACAAACGCUUCAGUAAAAAAAAAAGGAUGUUUUACUUAAUAUGUUAUUUUAAUUUACCUUUAUAUUUCCGUUUGUUUGUUUUGUUAUCCAAGGGUUUAAAGUUCAAAGCUCAUACUCUUAAUGUGGGGACCUGCCAACCUGCACUCCUUUUAAAUGUGAUAAAGUCUUUCUGUUGGUCCGAACCAUGUGUGCCAAAUUGUAUGUAUAUUCCUCUGUCAAUGCUUUGAAUAUUAACAGUGCAUAAAAAAUAUGAAGAAAAUUCAGUUUUUGAUGCAUUUCCAUCAAUCUUGAAGAAAAAUGAAAAUGCAGAAGAGUCGUCAUAGUGUGACAGAUUUCUAUCCCAAAUGCUCAUUGGUGCUGACAGAAUUUUUGCUGCAGUUUACAAAAGGUUUCACACAAUUUGUAGUUUUUGAUUGGUUGCAGUCUUGCUCAAGCAUAGGCCUGCACUGUGCCUCUCUCCUUGCACACAGCUUACCUCAAUCCGAGGCACCUCCCUCCAUAUUUAUAUCCUUUUCACUGUUUUACCAGCUCUCACAUCAUUUCAACCACAACAGGUUGAUUCUUCCUAAGUGUUUACAACCAUAAUAUUAGUAUCACAGUGAAAAGGAACUGGACAUGGUGCAUUUAAGGUUCAAAACUCCACCAAAAGACAUACAGAUAAUACAGAAAUCUGUAAAAUCCCUCCAAAUCCAAAGCUCCAUGGUAUUCCUCUCUAUGGAUUUCUAUUCAUUUCAGUUUGUUUCCAAACAGGUUGUAUAGUAAGUGAGGGAGCAGAUGUUUUCACACAGCUGUGCAGGGAUGCCAAUACUGUAACACAGCUGCACAAAACCCCAGCUUAUUGGCUGAUCAUAGCUCAGCGCUGGCCUACCCCAGACACAACAUUUCCGCUUUACAGCUGAUCUCAGUUCACUCAAGGAUUAUUAGAGAUGUUCUCCUUUUCCUGUGCUGCAUCCGUAGAGCCUCUUGGCCGGUGCAACAGUCGCAGUCCAGCAGCCAGCCAGCCAAAACUCCUCUCCAUAUCACCCCUUCUUCUCUCCAUAUGCAUUCAUAGCAAAUAAAACAUUACUUUGACAUCUGGAAUUUGAAAUUGCAUGCAUUCAUCGGCAUGUGGAAAACAGAUUAGAAUCUUUUUUCUUUCUUUCAGCAUUUUCCCCUUGGUUCUUUUGAGCUAAGAUGCCUUUGAGAUGAACUCAAUCAGUUGGGCGGGUGGCCUGCUGCCUGAGAGUACUUCCACCGUGGUGAAGCUGCAGUGUAUAUCAUCUUGAAAUAGUUUCCCAGUCAUUCCAGACACUUAUGCAAGAGUACUUAGCAACUCAGAGAUGCACAGGAGAAAAACAGUGUUUCAAAGUAAAAAUAAACAAAGUGGUAAUCUUCUGAACAUUUGCAGUUUUAGAUUUGAUAUUACUAAUUAACACUCAUAGUUUUAGGUUUGAAACAUGCACUAAGACAAUGAGUGUAGUAUUUCCAAUAGUUACUCUUACGUCUGUCUUGUCUUAUAGCUGAAAUCCCUCACAAGCACCCACCUUUUGAGGUGAAUUUCUUUCCGUUUUAUAUGGUUUCUCAGGUCAUUCCAAACAGCAGGUGUCUUUAUGUAAGAAACCUCUUAAUUUUGCAUUUACUAACACACACAACUUCAUUCUGAUUCACUGAGUUCACUGCACAAACUGUCACACCAAUUUUCCUUCACACCAUCCAUGUUUGAUGUAAGCUUUAGUAUGCUGAGUCAAAAGGAGAGGCUCUGUCAGUGGGUUAUUUCCAAAUUCAGAGCCACUGUGUUCACUCAUCCACACUGAGAACCCAAACAACCACAUCUGCCUGCAGCUAUUGUUUCCUUAGCAGUCAUUUGUAAGGUAUUGCAAUGCAGCAAUAUCACAGCAACAUUGCAGAGAUGCUACGGAAGUACAACCUGGCUGGGCUUGUCAUGUACAGUACUAGGAUGCAUGUUUAGUCAACCAGAAAAUAAGGCAUGUGUUUAUGUACAGUUCACUGUCUCUUUCCACGAUAGUUUAGUAGUCACGUAGUGGUGUGGUGUGAGGGAGGAGAAUGCCCUUCCAGUCGUGUCAAGUUGCCAACUGAAGCCAAUCCACUGCCCCCUGUGCCACCUGACUCCCUGUCCUCACCUUCAGCAUGGUCAUGGCCAGCUGGCACAUUCAUAAUACACCUUAACCUAUCUCUGGGAAUGCUUCAGAAACUCACAUCCACCCCACUACACACCUCCUGUUAAGAGUUCAGUCACCACUGGUAAUUUUCUACAAGGCAUACCCAACAGGUUGAUUUCUAAGCUAGUUCUCCUCUACUCUGUCCUUCCUUGUGUUGUUUUUUUUCCUGGUUGCAAACACUCUUCGUCUCGACUUUGUUUUUUAAACCCUUUGAAUUGAUGCUGCUUCUGUGCUUGACUCUGGGUUUACUGCGUGGUGCCAUGUUGUCCACAUGGCCUCUAGAGCUUGUAACGCUUCAGUGUGUAAUGUUACCAUAUGCCUUACAUGUUUUCCAGGACUAAUAAAAAAAGCAUAACAAAAAGUCA